UCUUCCUCCUCCCUCUCUCUCUUCAUCUCCCUUUCCUCCUCCUCCUCCUCUUUCGCUCCACCGCCUACUCUUUCCAUCGAUCUACAUGUGUUGAUAGAAUAUACAUAAAAGCUUUCGAGUGGAAUUCUUCGAGGGAAGUAAGAGCUUGUUCUGAGUUGGUCUCCUCGUCGGUUUUCGUCCCUGUUCUGUUUCCUCCUCUGUUUUCCCAAACUCUGGCGCCUCGAUCCGCCCGGCGAAGAAGGGAAGGUAAUCUGGUUAGUGCGGGGUGGUUGUGAAGCCACUUCAUCGCGAGCCAUGGAAGGCAGAGGAAGCGAGCCGUAUUUCGACCCGGACUACGAUUCCCUCGUCGAGAGGAUCAACCCCCGCGUUUGCAUCGACAACGAGACAUGUGAGGAUUGCACGCUCGUCAAGGUGGAUAGCGCCAACAGGCACGGGAUCCUUCUGGAGAUGGUUCAGCUCCUCACCGACCUCGACCUCGUCAUCUCCAAGUCCUACAUCUCGUCCGACGGUGGCUGGCUCAUGGAUGUGUUUCACGUCGCGGACCAGCUCGGUAACAAACUAACGGAUCCCACCACCCUUCGCUACAUCCAACAGUCGCUGGUGAGCGGAUGGAAGGGAACCCGGAGCACGGUCGAGGUUAGGACCUGCCUCGGGAAGCUGUUGGGCCCGGGGCAGCUGGCCUCCGGGUACCCCGCCAUCGAGAUCACGGCCACGGACCGGCCUGGCCUCCUCUCCGAGAUCGCCGCCGUCCUCGCCGAGCUCCACUGUCAUGUGGCCUGCGCCCAGGCCUGGACGCAUAACUCACGCGCCGCCGUCAUCCUCUACGUCACCGACGAACCCGCGCGUACGCCCAUCGCCGACGCCGACUGGCUGGCCCAUAUCGAGCAGCAGGUCGACAGUGUGGUCGAAGCGCACCAUGGGCCCGGCGAGCGGCGGCGGGUGAAGGUGUCGGGGCCGACGCCCGGCCGCGUGCACACGGAGAGGCGGCUGCACCAGCUGAUGUACGAGGACGGGGACUACGAGGCCGGCCCCCCGCCGCCUCCUGUGAACGGCGACCACUUCGCGGACGCCAACCUCGAGGCCAGGAGGGGCAACGUACUGUUCUUGUCAUCUCCGUCGUCGUCGUCGUCUUCGUCGGCGUCAUCGGCGGUGAUAAAGACACGGGCAUCCAUCGACAGCUGGAAGAAGCGGGGGUACUCGGUGGUCAACAUACAGAGCAGGGACCGCCCUAAGCUCCUCUUCGACACGGUGUGCACGUUGACCGACAUGCAGUACGUGGUGUUCCACGCCGCCGUCGGGUCGCACGGACCACUCGCCGUGCAGGAAUACUACAUCCGACACAUGGACGGUUGCACUCUGGAUUCGGAGAGGGACAGGCAGAAGGUCAGCCGGUGCUUGGUGGCCGCCGUGGAGCGGAGAGUCUCCCAUGGGCUGAGGCUUGACGUGAGCGCAAGGGACCGGCCGGGCCUGCUGUCGGACGUCACCAGGGUGCUCAGGGAGAAUAGCCUAUCGUUGACGAGGGCGGAAUGCGCGGCGCGCGGGGAGAGGGCGGUGGGAACGUUCUACGUGACGGACGCUUCGGGCGGCGGCGACGUGGAUCCGAAGAGGGUGAACGCGGUGAGGCAGGAGAUGGGGGACAGCGUCACGGUGGAGGUGAGCAACGACGCCACGCGAGAAUGGAGCUCCGCCAAAAGCAGCAACAAUGGCAGCAGCAGCAGCAGACUGACGUCGUCGUCGGCUGGUGGCACUAGAAGCAGAAGCAUGACCUCCCUCGGAAGCUCUCUCGGAAGCCUCCUGUGGGCUCACAUCGAGCGGCUCUCGAGCAACUUCGGAUCCAUCAGAUCAUGAAUAUUACGAUUUCUAUUCCCGGAAGAAGCAGCAGCCGCAGAUAUGGCAUCUUUCUUCACACUUUGCGAGAAUAUAGAAAUGUGUAUUACUAAUCUUCGUCAGACCAAAUUAAAUAAAUAGUAGUUUAAAAUCGGGAAGGAACAUAUUAAGAUGCCAUUUGGAUUCUUUCA